GUUAGACAGUCAGCAUAGAAAUAAGACGACGCGCGCACCUAAUAAAAUAACAAUUCUGUACUUGUGAGUGCCAAAAUCGCACACAAUCAUUUUCGCUUUCGGUAUUGUUUAAGAAGCAAACCGAUUCGCUUCCAACCGUUCGUCGAUUAUAUAAAUAUUUUGUGCGAAUUUGUUUUAGUUUUUCUAUUCUGCAUUUGCAAAUAUAGGUCGUAUAUCGCGUGUGCUAUCGAUCGCAAAUUGCAUAAUCAAGGAAGAGUUAUCAUAACACGCUAUAAUUCCGAAAAAUUAAAAUCCAAUCAGAAUACAUUGUAAAAAAACACAAAUUUUUAUGCAGAACUAAUGAAUUGAAAAAAAAAAGAAAAAAGUUAUACAAACGGAAUUGUGCUUUUGUUUAUGUGAAAUUAAAAAAAAAAAAUAAUAUUUUUUUUAAUUCGAAUUGAACGGCGACAAUUUUUCCAAGUAUCUAGGCGAUGAAGAAAACAGUGACCGAAAUGUUUCGUUUUGCGAUAGUCGUUGGAAUAUUGUGUGUGGUGCAAUCAUCACCAGUUAAAAUGAGUCGACCCCAAGCGAUAACCGCUGCCAAUUUGACACAAGAUCAGGUGGAAACAUUGAUUCAAGAGAAUCCACCACGACCGUCCAUUUUACAACCAAGUGAUCUUAUGCUACCGCCAUCGAUUCCAUUGUACUUACCGGACCCCGAACGAAACAAGAGCAAAGAUGAUUAUUAUUUACUUGCCCAAUAUCCACGUGACCGUGAUGAUGUUAAACCAUUAAAUGAUAAUCCAGUGAGAGUGCCAUUGUCAUUGGAUUCAUAUGUGCAACCACCUCCGUUACCAAGUCUCGACUCACAACCAAUCAAUUUCCAAGUGGAACAAGCACAAAAAGAAAAAUCAUCCUAUUCAUAUAAUAAUCGUUUCGAUUAUUAUUUUCCCGUUAAAGUUGUCUAUGAUGAUAAUCAAAAGUAUGGUGAAAAAGAAUUGCAGCUGAUGGAAAUGCAGCCACCAAUUCAAAAUGAGGAACCAAAUUAUUAUGAUGUUAAACCGAAGAAAGUGCCGAAAAAAUACCAACCAAAUAAAAAAGAUGUGAACCAUAGCAAAUCGUAUGGACGCAGUGGAGGCGACGAUUCACUUGUUCCCAUUGAUAACGAUGGUUUGGUUUUGGAUAGUGAACACACACCAUUUGUCACAUCACAACCGGUUGAACGUUUCGCACCAGCACCAGUCUAUCGCGAUUUAACCGAUGGUGAUUUAAAUACUGGCGAAUAUAUUCCAAAAUAUAAACAGGAGCAAAAUACGGAAGCUAUUCAAUUGCCACAAUCGAGCACAAUUGCAGCGGCCGGAUCGGAAAAAAUCAAUGUGCACAAACUACACGAAUCAGGUGAAUCAAAUACCAAUGAACAUGAACAAGCGCAUAAACAUAAUAAACAUUAUAAUGAGCAUGAUGAACAGGGUAAAAGUCAUAGUUUUAGUGAAACGGGUGAAUCUAGCCAAGCGGGUAAACGUGUUGAAUAUCAAAUGCAUGGCUUCGAAGGACCAAAUAGUUAUAAAUUUGGCUAUGAUACGGGCCGCGGCAAAGAACGUCAAUUUCGGGUUGAGCAAAGAGAAGCUGAUGGCAGCGUAAAAGGUGAAUACGGUUAUAUUGAUAAUGAUGGUAAGAUGCAUCUAACCAAAUACAGUGCAUCCGAGGCCGAUGGUUUUAAAGCCGAAGAAGUACCCACGUAAUACCGACGUUCACACAUAAAACAAUUCUCUCACACCCAUACACAUACACUGUGUUAGAAAAACAAAUUAGCGGCAAACAUUUGUGACAAAACAAAACGAUAUUUACACCAGUUUAAGAGCAACACAACUUCUUUUUUUUAACAAAUUGAGAGUAAUAUGCGCUUUAUGCAUUAGUUUUAUUUUUAAUUAAUUAUAUUAAUGUUGCUUUAUGCUUUAGUUGGAUUAACAAAAAAAAAACAAGAUUAAAUUAAAAAAAAUUCCAAAGAGUAAAAACAAUGACUUUUGUGUAUGAAUAAAAAAAAAAACAAAAAUAAAGUUUUUUUCUUGCCGACUUAUUGUACAGCAUAGCA